AUGGCAGACCAUGUUGGUACGAAAGUGUCAAUUCCAGGUACUAGAGGACAAGGUAUAUUAAGAUAUUAUGGUCCUAUUGACGGGAAGAAUGGUAUUUUUGGCGGAAUUGAGCUUAUAGGGCCCAUUGCAGCAGCGAGAGGAAAGAACUCUGGAUCCGUAAACGGUGUCCAAUACUUCGAAGUUCAACAACCUAUGACUGGUUUAUUCUUACCUUUCGAACGUUUGAAGUCUGUAAACGCACAUUUAUCAAGAGAAAGGAGGCCCACGUCUAGUCUCCGUUCUAGUACGCCGGUUGAAGUGGCAUCGACACCAUCUCCAUUGAAUCGGGGUCUAAACUCCCUGCUGUCAAGUGACAGCUUUACAACUAAAAAUGGACUAAUUCGUUCACCUUAUUCAGAAAAGCCAAUAGUAAAUCCUAAACGACAUACUUUGAAAGAUAAUGGAAGCAAUACAAUUCCCAACUCCAAAAGUUUGUCUGAAACCUCAACAUCGACCUUAUUGUCAAAUGGCGAUACGAAAUAUAUUGAUUCCAUAAAACAGGAUACAGAAAAAAUAAGGUUAGAGCAAGAUUUGAAAGAUUUGAGAGGAAAGUAUGAAAACAAUCAGUUAGAGAUGACUGAAAAGAUCAAAAUAUUGAAUGAUUUACGAAACACUGUUAAUGAGAUCCAGCCUUUAUUGGAAGAGUAUGAGAAUGAUUUAUCGGAAAAAGACAAGAAAUUACUCAAGCAAAAAGCUGAGUUUGAAAAAGCGAGAGAAGAAUGGAGACGAAGUUUAGAUCUAAUGGUUUCCACUCAACAAGAAAAUGAAGAGUAUUACGAGCAAAAGAUAUCAGAAUUAAAUGCCAAAGUGGAAGAAUUUUCAAAAAAAAAUGUUAAUUUAGAAGAUUCAGAAACAAAUAAGAGUAAUGAACGAAAUCUAUCUGAGGCUAUGCAAUCUCCUUCAAGUUCAGAGGUUUCAAAUCUUAGGGCAAAGCUUGAGAACUUACAAAUGGAGAAAUCUGAAAUGGAGAAAAGUCUAAAUGAUAAGGCAAAUUUACAAAUAAAAGAAAUAAAUACACUUACCGAAAAGUUGUCUAAGCUUGAGGGAGGAAAGAAUAAUGAAUCGGAUAAGUUACAAGGCAAAUAUGAUUCUUUAAUUCAUCAAAUAGAAAGUAUGAAAACUGAACUUGAUGAAUUGAAAUCUUCUGAGACUUUACUUAAAACAAGGCUAACAGAGUUACGAUCUGAUAUAAUUGAAAAAGACAAAUCUAUUGAACAAUUAAAAUCGAACAAUUUAAGAGAUAACAAUGAAAUAAGUUCAUUAGCGCAUCAAGUGAAAUCUGUGAAACUAAAUGGCGACAAUAAAGAAACCCAGAAACCAAAGUCUGAUGACUCUAACGAAAAUAUGCAAAGUAAAAUUUAUGAAUUGGAAAACCAAUUGGAAAUGAGGCCGACUUUUGAAGAAUUGACUGAUCUUCAAAAUACUAUAGAAGAGCUAGAUAAUUUACACAAAAAUGAGCUCAAAGAAAAAGAUGAAGCACUAAAGGCUGCUGUGGAGAAGAAUAAGGAUUUAGAGUUACUGCUUAAAGAUGCAUUACAAAAGCUUGAAGAUACUAACAAUAAACUGGACGAUCGUUUGGAGAAGCCUGAAAUCAAAGGCACUUCUAAGUCAAACGAAUUACCUAUAUACGUUCCCAAAAAGCCCACAGACCCUAGUUCUGGGAAAACUGAUUGGUGUGGCCUCUGUGAACGUGAUGGACAUAGCAGUAUUAAUUGUCCAUAUGAAAAUGACAUGUUUUAG